AAUAAAACUUGUAUUAUCCAGCCUUCCUGUUGCUUCAGAAGAUGCUUGUUUUGUAAUGUAGCAGUUUUUCACAUCAUAAACUAUUUGGUGGGCGAAUCCUCCGCCAGUAUCUGCUGCAAGAGUGAGACUGAAAUCAGUUCCAGCUGUUUAAAGCCAUCUUGGCGUCUUCUGUUGUUUUUCCAGACCAACAUCCCGUUCCUCCAGAAUGUCCUGUCCAACAACCAGUUCCUGCACUCCACCGUGGACACCCAGUUCAUCGACGAGAACCCAGAACUGUUCAACCUCAAACCCACUCAGAACCGAGCCCAGAAGCUGCUGCACUACCUCGGUCAUGUGAUGGUUAAUGGACCGACCACACCUAUUCCAGUCAAGGCGAAGCCCUCCUCCACCGACCCGGUCGUCCCGGCCGUCACCAUGGGCGACCCGCCUGUGGGUUUCCGCGACGUCCUGCUGCGCGACGGCCCCGAGGGAUUCGCCAAGGCGGUGCGGGCUCACCAGGGUCUGCUGCUAAUGGACACCACGUUCAGGGACGCCCACCAGUCGCUCCUGGCGACGAGGGUUCGCACUCACGACCUCAAGAAGAUCUCCCCGUUCGUCAGCCACAACUUCAGCAACCUGUUCAGCCUGGAGAACUGGGGAGGAGCAACCUUUGACGUGGCCAUGCGAUUCUUGUCCGAAUGUCCGUGGAAGAGGCUCCAGGAGCUGAGAGCUUUGAUCCCAAACGUCCCGUUCCAGAUGCUGCUGAGGGGGGCCAACGCUGUGGGCUACACCAACUACCCCGACAACGCCGUCUACAAGUUCUGUGAGGUCGCCAAGGAGAACGGCAUGGACAUCUUCCGCGUCUUCGACUCCCUCAACUACCUGCCCAACAUGCUGCUGGGCAUGGAGGCGGCCGGGUCGGCCGGCGGCGUGGUGGAGGCCGCCAUCUCCUACACGGGCGACGUCUCCGACCCGAUGAGGCAGAAAUACUCCCUGGACUACUACGUGAAGCUGGCCGACGAGCUGGUCAAAGCCGGGACUCACAUCCUCUCCAUCAAGGAUAUGGCCGGCCUGCUGAAGCCAGAGGGCAGCAAGCUUCUGAUAGGCGCGUUGAGGGAUCGCUUCCCAGACGUUCCCAUUCACGUGCACACGCACGACACAGCUGGAGCCGGCGUGGCGGCCAUGUUGGCCUGUGCAGAAGCAGGAGCUGACGUCGUCGACGUGGCGGUCGACUCCAUGGCUGGGAUGACGUCUCAGCCGAGCAUGGGUGCCAUCGUCGCCUGCACCAAAGGGACCAAAUACGACACUGGCAUCGCUCUGGAGAAGGUGUUCGACUACAGCGAGUACUGGGAGGUCACCAGAGGCCUGUACGCUCCCUUCGACUGCACCGCCACCAUGAAGUCGGGCAACGCCGAUGUCUACGAGAACGAGAUACCCGGAGGACAGUACACCAACCUGCACUUCCAGGCUCAUAGUAUGGGGCUCGGAAAUAAGUUCAAGGAGGUGAAGAAGGCUUACGCUGAAGCAAACAAGCUACUGGGAGACCUCAUUAAGGUGACUCCGUCCUCCAAGAUCGUUGGAGAUCUGGCUCAGUUCAUGGUGCAGAACAACCUGACCAGGGCGGAGGUGGAGGAGCGGGCGGACGAGCUGUCCUUCCCCCAGUCCGUGGUCGAGUUCCUGCAGGGAUACGUCGGAAUACCGCACGGUGGAUUCCCCGAGCCCUUCAGAUCCAAGGUGCUGAAGUCCCUUCCACGUAUCGAAGGUCGUCCCGGCGCCUCUCUGUCACCGAUGGACUUCAAGGCCCUGGAGGACAAACUCCGAGCCGCGCAUGGGGAUGACAUCACCCCGGAGGAUGUGAUGUCAGCAGCCAUGUACCCCAAGGUGUUCCAGGAGUUCAAGGAGUUCACUUCUAACUUUGGCCCGGUGGACUGCCUCAGCACCAGGCUGUUCCUGGAUGGACCCAAGAUUGCAGAGGAGUUUGAGGUGGAGCUGGAGAGAGGGAAGACCCUCCACAUCAAGGCUCUGGCGCUGGGCGACCUGAACAAGGGCGGCCAGAGGGAGGUGUUCUUCGAGCUGAACGGCCAGCUGCGGUCGGUGCUGGUUAAAGACACCGUGGCCAUGAAGGAAAUGAAGUUCCAUCCCAAGGCCCAGAAGUCCAUCAAGGGUCAGGUGGGGGCGCCGAUGCCGGGAAAAGUGCUGGAGGUCAAAGUUAAAGUCGGAUCCAAGGUGGAGAAGGGUCAGCCGCUGUGUGUCCUGUCGGCCAUGAAGAUGGAGACGGUGGUCAACUCCCCCGUGAGCGGGACCGUCAAGGCGGUCCACGUGGAGCCGGAGGCGUCCCUGGAGGGAGACGACCUGAUCCUGGAGAUCGAGGAGUAGAGCGAGGAAGAGAGGGAGAAGGAGGAAGAUGGGGAGGGGAAGGGGGAGGUAGUAGAGCCGGCCCUCGGUUUGUAAAUAUUAACGUUUAGCGAAGCUCUAUGCAUAUCCUGACACCCGACGGAUGUAGAAACAGCUUCACUGAAUAUUUCAGGAGUGAGCUUUUAACUAGACCUGCGAUACAUUCCACUGCAUAGUCUUAACUACAAAGAGUUAACCAAGUGAAACAAUAACAGGGUCACAAAACGCCGACUUGAAAUGAACACUUCCCGCUUCGUCUGACGCCGUUUCCAUAGACCAGACUGACUCGGUUCGGUGUUUGUAGCCAGCAGUGAUCUCAAAAUAUCAUGGGAACAUUCAUCCUCACCUUUUGCAAGAAUUUGAAUCCCUGAAAGUCGCGGUGCAUUCUGGGAAUGUGUAAUCACUGCAAGAGAUUCAUUCACAGAGCACAACGAGGACGGCUAUUCCAACAGAAAACAACCAACAAAUCCUGUUGCUGCAUCAGUAACAGCAUUGGAGCCCCUAAUAAAAUCCGAGUUAUUCGUUUUAAAAUGUCCAAACGGGCCGUUUCAGAACCGCUUCAGCCCAACCUAUCAUAUCGUCUGAGGUCUCUGGUGGCAUAAAACAAGUUUUGCCCUUUUCUCUUUACAGCCAGGAAGCAAUGAGCAGUUUUUAUGGGGAUUUUUAAUGCUUGGUUUAAAUAGGAUUACAGCAUGUCACUGUAAUGGGGUCACAUGUUCUUUUUUUUCCUUACCCCCCUCCCCCUCUAUGAAUAAAUUGUCACUCAAAUGAUGUGAAAUUAGCCGGGCUAAUAGGAGGCCCUGGAGACUCCUGCUUGUCGUUAUAUUUCUGCGGCGUGUGUGUGUGUUUGAAUAAACAAGUCAAAUCUGAGGACGAACUCCAUGAGUCCUCUGCAGCACACCCCCUGAGAUAAAAACCCAUUCAAAUCAGAGAUGAAAUAUUCAUGCUCACACACGCGCCUGCUCAAAAAAUAUUCCUGCUGGCCCCUGUGUGCCGCAGGAAAACAAAGGCAAGCUCUGCAAAGAGGGCGUGUCCCGGUAAAGACAUGGAGAUUAAAUCACAGAAUGAGUCUUAAAGUCGGUCAUUCGGUGUUGAAGCUCGUCCUGGAUGAAUGUUUAAACACCCCUAAAGCACAGCUUGGAAACAAAGUGGUUGCAUAUUUUUCUACUGUUAACAAGUGAAGCAGAGGAAGUUUGAGGAAAGGCAGAAACAUGAAACUGACGCUUCAUUUUGUGCUGAGUCAGCAGACUUUGUGUUUGUUUUAAGCAGAUGAAGACAGGAUGACCGUUCUUGAUUUGUUCCCUCCUCCUCUUCUCCUUACUUCCCCCUCUACCUCAUGUCUUCUCCCAACCAUUUGCUUACAACAUAUUUGCACAUGCAAGACGUCAAUUGAUGCAAUAAAUGUAAACUGUACCGUAACUCUGUCCGUCGCAGCCAGCAGUGGCUCUUUAAUGGCCUCACUCUCAUGAUGUACCCAUAUCUGUGAAAGAAAAAUAAACUGGAGUAAAAGCAAAAUCA